CUCAUUAGUAGAGUAAUUUUUAGAAAAAAAAACUCUUGUACAAUUUUCGUUGUUGGUGUAUUCGACGGUAGGUGCAUCGAUUAGUGAUCAUGGAUGAGACAGAUGAUGGCGACGAGCAAGAUAUGGAUAUUUACGGCGAUGGUGACGGUGAUGGAGAAGCGUAAGGGGAAGGGGAUGAUGAUGGACAAGGAGGUAACUCGAGCUCAUAAGGGCUGGGCUCUGGAUUCGGUGGUGCUGCAGAAUCAAAUUACACGUCACAACAAAGAAGACAUCCACCAUCCACCGCAAGAAGGUGUCUACGUAUACGGCCUGUUUCUGGAAGGUGCAUCGUUGGAUAGGCGCAGUGGAAAGUUGAUUGAAUCGAAACCGAAGGUACUGUACGAGCAGAUGCCGGUCAUUUACAUCUACGCGAUCAACACGACGGCCUGCAAGGAUCCGCGGAUAUAUGAGUGUCCCAUCUAUCGCAAGCCGCAGCGUACCGACCAGAAGUACGUCGGUUCAAUCGAUUUCGAGACGGACUUUAACCCACGGCACUGGACCCUUCGAGGUGUCGCAUUGCUGUGCAACAUCAAGCAGAUGGUAACUAUUUUGUGCUGCAUUAUUCCCACCAUUCCCAAUUUAAAUGGUUACUUAUUUCCAUUCACUGAAAGGCGUCGUUUUGUUGUUUUUUUAUAAAACAUACUUUUUUCCACCACUGACUAUAGAGUCCAGCAAAGCAGGCUGAUUCUGUAUGACUUCGCACCAAAAGUAAAUUUAGAAAAAUAAUUGGUUUAUUGGCUCCACCAGGAAGCCUGUGUUGUGUUGAUGAUUGCUUGAAUCUGUUAAAUUGUUUUUCCACUGAAAGUUGUGCAAAGGUAGAAUAGAGUGUUUCGCAAACAGCGACUGUUAGUAAACAUUGUAAGAGACGAUGAAAGUAUAGAAGAAAUAAGACACU